AUGAGUGCGCUCUGGAGAACAGAAUCUAUUCCGUCACAGAUGCAUCACGGUAUGGCCUCAGAUUCGAGCCGUCGACCCCAAAUCUUCGUUCACUUCGAGUUUGGGGUCUCGUUUUCGCCCAAACAUGCUCCAAACCAACACUCCGUCACUUAUGCCUCUAGGGGCUUUCGCGAUCGAGCUCAGCACUUUCCCAGACAAGUCCCACCUCCAAAUACAAACUAUUUGACAGAACCUGCUUUUCAAGCGAACCAAACGACAUGGUCGUCACCACCUGUACAGGAAUACCAUCAGCCUCCGACCCAACCGAUGCCGCCGCAGCACGCACCUAGCAGACUGUCUCGACAGGAGAGUCGGUCGAGCUCAUCACACGAGAGGGGCAGUUCUGCUCCUCCACCAUGGAAUGACAGUCCCUGGGAUGCCGAAACCGACGCUCUUGGUAGCUCAGCGCUACCGCGUCAAAGACCUCGCGCCCAGCAUGCGCCUGAUUAUUGGAAGGCGUUACCAGAAGUUCCCUCACGCUUUCGACUCGGCGAGGACGAGCUGCCUUGGUCAGCCUCAUCGUGGCCCGGCGAGUUCGGCAUGCCGGACGAUCACGAAGUCGACGACUAUUCUUCCGAGGUGUCCUUGAAAUUCCGCGAGGUUUCCACGACGAAGAUCACGCCGGGUUCCAAGGAUAGGGACGACCCGGGGCGGAGGCAAGAGCUCGAGGCGCUCUCUGCAGCCAUGAUGACGGUCGACAACGGCUUUGAAAAUCAAUGGUGGUACCAGGGAGAGCGGCAACAGACAAUUCCGCUGGCAGGAGAUCUGCUCACAUCAACGGCCCAUGGUACCACCACAGCGACUGCGCAGGCCAUACCUCAAACACCUAUGCCGCCACCCAGCCACGACAGCAGAGAGUCUAUGGGAUGGGCCACCGAUCAGGGCGGCUCUCGUGACGCCAUGAUGAGCGGCACCUUGUACAACCCGAGUGUUCUGGUCUCGCCCAUGUCCGAGUACGCAAGCCCGCGUAUACACCGCUCCAUGACCACGAGGUCCGAGGAGCUGUUCCUGUGA